UAUUGUUUGUUAUAGUUGCUUUAGUACAUCGCUUAGUGUCUUUCGUGUAUUUUCGUAUUUCUAGACUUGUGUUAUUACUUUUUGUUGCCUUCGUUUUGGUUUUCUAUUUGCACUACCUAGUGUUAGUUUUGUGUUUUCGCUUGGUUUUCUGAUUGGUUUGCUUAUCAUUGCCCCUUCCUUUAUCUUUCAUGAGUCGAGGGUCUACCGGAAACAGACUCUCUGCCUUCUUAAAGAUAGGGGUAAGGUAUGCGUAUACACUACUCUCCCCAAACCCUACUUGUGGACAUACACUGGGUUUGUUGUUGAUUAUAUAUAUAUAUAUAAAGAGAGAGAUUGUAGGGUAAACCAGGCGUUGUAAUGGCAGCAACAUUAGUAAUGGUGGUGAGCCUCGCAAUAGUUUUAGGCCUCGUCUUAGUUCUACUUGCUGAGCUCUACUGCUCACUCUUAAUUCGUCAAGGACGACAGCUCCAAAAGACACCUCUGAAUUCCACCACCUCCGCUACUGCGGCCCAAAGCUCCAAGGAACCACCCCGGCAACAACAAAACCAUUCAACUGCUUCAACUCUCAGUGACUUCUAUGCGCAAGGGGUUCUUCAUGCUCCUAGAAACUUUCUCAUCCCUGCAGUUACUCGCAACGACAAGUUCGACCUUGAAAUGCAAAGCUCUCCGCAAGUCUCCUCCAUUCAUCAUCAAGUUGGGCUUAUUUUUUCUUCACCACAUUCCCAUCCCUUCAUUUCGAAUUUAUCCCCUAAACUAGUCCAUCAAUUUCCACUCCAGUGCAGCACUAGUAGUGACAUUGAAGGAGUUGACGGUGGUGCUACAAAGAAGCAAUUAGUAUACAUAUCCAAUCCCAUUUACGAUAACGAAGCCUGCAGGCCUAGCAGAGGUGAUACCCUAUUUGAAACGCCUGAUUCAUUGCCUUCACGUCUCGAAAAAAUUCAUUCUUCUGGGAAAGACGACAAUGGUAGUGGCCAAUCAUCAUUAUCUAGUCCCUCUUCACUCCCAUUAACUCCAAUGAAGAAACUUCCAGCUGUGGCAUGUUCAGUUUCACUAAGAGAUGCUAGGUCACUCGGCACUUCUGGAACUUCCAACAGUAACAACACUUCGUUAUCCUCAGGAUCUCCUUACACUUCUCCUUCAUGGUGAAUUUCAAAAACUAGUUUAGGUAGUUCAUGUUAUAGAAUGCGGUCAUUCAUUAGGCCUUUGUUCUAAUGCUAUUUUGCCGUCUUGCGAGCUGCACUAGUGUGUGGUUAAUUAGUUUUGGGUAGUAUUAGUUGUCAAUAUUGUAACAGGGAUGCAAAAGAGUGCUGACAAAGACUAAUAUUAGACUCAUUGGAAACUUACAAAGUUUGAGGCGUGUUAAUGGGGGCGCUUAAACCAAGUUCAUGCCUAAGUGUUCCUUUCUGCUUUCUU